AGUUACAUAUUGCAUAUACCUAACCAACCCUGAUCAAUAUUUCAUCAUGUCAGAAUUGUUUAUUUGUUUUCUUAACUUGUAAAUAAAAAAAAUCAAUAUUAAUUUAUUUUUUUACUAAAAUUUAUUGAUUUUUAAUAUUUAUUUAUGUGAUAUUUUCUUUAAAAUAUGACUGUCACGUGUUCUGCAAAAUGUGGAAAGCAAGCAGUUUUGAAGAGGCCAAAAACUGGAAAUGCACUUUGCAAAGACUGCUUUUUUCGUGCAUUCGAAUCGGAAAUUCAUAAUACCAUUAUUAAUGGUAAUUUAUUUAAAAAUGGUGAUAAAGUUGCAAUUGGCGCAUCAGGUGGAAAAGAUUCGACAGUUCUUGCAUAUGUUUUAAAAUUAUUAAACGAAAAAUAUAAUUAUGGACUAGAUCUCUUUCUUUUAUCAAUCGACGAAGGAAUUACGGGAUACAGAGAUGAUAGUUUAGAAACAGUUAAAAAAAAUAGAGACGAUUAUGAUAUGCCUUUAAAAAUUUUAUCAUACAAAGAUCUAUAUGGAUGGACAAUGGAUGAAAUUGUAAAAGAGAUAGGUCGAAAAAAUAAUUGCACAUUUUGUGGGGUUUUUCGUCGUCAAGCUCUAGAUAGAGGUGCAACACUUUUAGGAGUAAAUUGCAUAGCAACCGGUCAUAAUGCAGAUGAUAUUGCCGAAACAGUGUUAAUGAACGUUUUAAGAGGGGACAUUGCAAGAUUACAGAGGUGUACCUCAAUUGUAACAGCGAGUGAAGAUGCUAUCAGUCGAUGUAAACCCCUCAAGUAUACUUAUGAAAAAGAAAUAGUGAUGUACGCCUAUUUUAAACGUCUCGUUUAUUUUUCAACAGAAUGUAUAUUCUCACCAAAUGCCUAUAGAGGACAUGCGCGAACUUUAUUAAAGAAUUUGGAAAAAAUUAGACCGUCAAGCAUCAUUGAUAUAAUACAUUCAGGUGAACGCCUACAAAUUAAGAAUACAGUUAAAUUUCCCGAAAGACGUAAUUGUACUCGCUGUGGUUUUGUUUCAAGUCAAGAGAUAUGUAAAGCUUGCAUUUUAUUAGAGGGUCUAAAUCGUGGACUACCAAAACUUGGUAUUGGCAAAACUAGCAAAGUCAAACAAAUAAUGAAUUUGCCAUCAAACUUAGAGAAAAAGAAUCAAAUUAAAAAUAUCAAUUUUUGAUUCCACUUUAUAAGAAAUAAAUGUAUAAAAUAAAUUGUAAAAUAAAUAUAAAAUUUACCUUUUAA